AUGCUGCCCUGGCGCCGGAGCAAGUUCGUGCUGGUGGAAAAUGAACGUAAGUGCAAAGGCAAGAGCCUGGGGCCGGGGCUGAGCUACGCGGCGCUGCUGGCCGGCUUCCUCCGCUCCUGCCCGGACCUGCUGCCCGAGUGCCCGCUGGAGCGGCUGGGCAGCGUCUUCCGCGGGAAGCGCCAGAAAGUGGAGCUGAACAAGGAGGACCCGACGUACACGGUGCGGUACCUGGGCAACGCCGUCACCCUGCACGCCAAGGGUGAGGGAUGCACCGAGGAGGCGGUGGGCAAGAUCUGGGCCAAGAGCGAGGCGGGCGCCGGUGGGGCCAAGAUGAAGCUGACGCUGGGCCCUCAUGGCAUCCGCAUGACGCCCUGCGAGAAGGGAGCCCGCCGGCCGGGCCACGCGUACCUGCUGCACCGCAUCACCUACUGCGCCGCCGACCGCCGGCACCCCAAGGUGUUCGCCUGGGUGUACCGGCACCAGGUGAAGAACAAGGCGGUGGUGCUGCGCUGCCACGCCGUGCUGGUCUCCAAGGCCGACAAGGCGCGUGCCAUGGCCCUGCUCCUCUACCAGACCUCGGCCUCCGCAUUCAACGAGUUCAAGCGCCUCAAGAGACAGAGCGAUUUCCGCCACGUCCAGCAGCAGCUCCUGGGCGAUGCCAUCGUGCCCUUGGUGCCCCUCCGCAGGCUGCUCAACGCCAAGUGUCCCUACCGCCCGCCGGCCGAGCGGGCCCGCUGCGCCCCUCGGCUCAGCUCCAUCCUGGAGGAGGAGGAGGAGGAGGCCUUCGGUACCGGGACGCCCUUGGGGGACCCCGAGCGAGCGGCCGUGCUGCGGCUGGCCAGCGACAUGAGAGGGUGCAGCCUGCGCGGGCCCCGGGCUGCCGUGUGCUGA